AUGGCCUGGGACGAUGAGUUGAAGUUGAGGUACGGUGGCCGUCAUACGAGCCGUCUGCGGCACUUCAACCAAACUGAGAUCGAUGUCAACGACGGCCACUGGACGACCGGCAACAUGGGUGACAGACUCACUCAACUGCAAGAUGCUGUGGAUCAGCUUGCCCAGCAAUUCGUCGCAAGCUUCCACUUCGUCCACCGACGCCACGACCUAGAACUUCUUGGCCCCAACGACAAGAUACGCGAUGUCAAGCAGGAACCGGAUCAGAAGGAGGUGGACCCUCUCCCCGCGGACGAAUUCAAGGAAGGCCUAGCUGAGCUGUCACGCGACUUGAUUAUAACGGAACAACAAAUCGAAGUCCUCAUUUCCAGUCUGCCAGGCUUGGAUAGCAGCGAGGUUGAUCAGGAGCGAUACAUACAGGAGUUGGAAGACGAGCUCAAGGUUGCCGAGGCACAGAGACAGGACGCAAUUAAGGAGAAGGACCAGAUCCUCGGCAAGCUCGACGAGGUCAUCAGAAGCAUUCGCAGACCUUGA